UCCGCCAUGCCUGCUGCGACCACGUCUGUUUCUGCUUCAGAUGUACAUGAUCCGGCAAGUUCCGCGUAUAAAAAGGCCAGGAAAAGGUACUUGAAGAGCCUUCGGAAUAGGAACGAUCAGGUAGAGCCAGACUGGACGCCAUUCAGAGCAGCCGAGAAAAGGUAUAAAGCUCGCUUUCCACCGCCUGAUCUUACAAACGUCCUCGAUCUCGCUACCUUGGACGCCUCGCGAACCGGUGAGAUCUCCAGGGGAGGAUGGCGCGGUAGGGGAGAUACCGUGCGGUACCGAGAGAUCGAUUUGAAGCUGCAGGAGCGAACGUCGAGUGAUAGGAAAGCAUACGUUUUCCCGGACACCCCUGGUUUGGUCCUGCUGCCCGCGUUCAUCGAGCCUGCCGAGCAAAGACGGCUCAUGCGGUGGGCACUGUGCGAGCAAGCUCGGCAUCCUAACGAGACCAACCUCGACACUCACUACAUCCUCCCCGAGGAGGGCUUGUGGAACAAGUAUCUGGAGGUGCAGCGCGGCUUGAGCGAAGACGAAAAUGUGCAGCCUCGGGCAUCUACCUCUGGUGCUGCUACGGAAACGCUCGCUGAACCACCUGGACCGCGCAAGUUGGUCGCGAACGAACCGGCAGGAAAGGUCAACUUCAGCGCCAUCUCGGCAGAGCCAAAGCUGCCUCCCGCGCCGUCCCCGUCUGUGCACUCUUUGCCUGUCUCAGCCCUGGUACCUAAGCUGCGCUGGGCGAAUAUCGGAUGGUCGUACCACUGGGGAACGAAGCAGUAUGAUUUCUCGAAAGGCAAGGGUACCAUCAAUGAGGAAGUGAAGCGGGUGUGGAAGCGGGCAGUCAAGUCGGUUAGAUGGGAGGAGGUCUUCGCAGAUGGAAGCUCCGGUGGUGACUGGGGAGAAGAGGCUCCGGACUGGGAUACAUGGAAUGAAGGGUAUGAGCCUGAUGCGGGUAUUGUGAACUUCUACCAGACUAAGGCAUGUUCUUAUUCACCGUCAACACCUACUAACAUGGUGAUGAUCUCUAUAUUGCAGGAUACGCUCAUGGCCCACGUCGACCGAUCCGAAGUCUGUGCCACGUCUCCUUUAGUGUCGAUCUCGCUGGGUUGCGCAGCGAUCUUCCUCAUUGGCGGCCUCACACGAGAUGUCGAACCCAUGCCAAUUGUUCUCCGCUCCGGCGACGUGGUAAUCAUGUCCGGACCCGCAUGCCGGAGAGCAUAUCAUGGCGUGCCGCGAAUACUCGAAGGCACGCUCCCGCCGCACUUUGAGACGCGCCCUGACGACGAGCAAAACGACUGGAAGGUACAUGAGGAGUAUCUGCGUAGUACCCGUAUAAACAUCAAUGUCCGGCAAGUCUUUCCAAGAGGAUUCGAUCCUCCGAGAGAAAUUCCCUCUAGCUCGUAAGUGGAAGCCUGGUGGACCUGGGAUCAUAGUGUGAUGUACAUCCAAUCACGAUGCUUUCUUUCCAUGCCCGAAUUGCAUACGUCUUGCGGGUGAUGAUAGUUCCUGUUUGCAUGAGCUGAGACAACAGAGCAUUGGAUGCGGACGACAUAGCGAUUCCAACAUGUCAGUAUGUAAAGCUGCUCUAUAGGUUGGAAAUCAAGCAUGCAGCGCUGCCGAGUUGUCUCCGAAUGUCGUGAUAGUCAACGUCAUGAG